AUGCUCACACUUCGCAGGCUAUUGCAGUCGGAGCGUCCCACGGAGUGUAGACUGCAGCCCUCGGUGGUGGCCCUGAUAUCAGACCUGUUUAGCAGGGCCGACUUACUGAAGGCCCCCGGGGUCUCAUUCUCUGGUGGUGCAGUUACUGAAAGGCCCAUGGCACUGACCUGGGAUCUGGCUUUGGUCCUGUACUCUCUGUGUGAGCCUCCAUUUGAACUAUUGGAGUCUGUAGACCUGAAGGUCCUUUCCUACAAGACUGCCCUGCUCAUGGCCUUGACGUCGCACUCAAUGGGCUGGCUAGCAGGUAACGGCACGUUCCACUCCAACAUCCCUGAGGCUGCUGACCUGGUGGUGGCCGUGGUCUACUCUAUAUUCGGUGUGUGUUCUCUGGUGGGUAACACCAUACUACUCUAUGUCUCCUAUAAUAAGAAGAUGCUGCUGAAACCAGCAGAGUUCUUCAUUAUUAACCUGGCUGUCAGUGACCUGGGCAUGACCCUUAGCCUCUACCCUCUGGCUGUGACAUCUAGUAUCUACCACAGGUGGUUGUAUGGUAAGACAGUGUGUCUGGUCUAUGCCUUCUGUGGAGUGUUGUUUGGUAUAUGCAGUCUGACCACCCUCACCAUCCUCAGUACUGUGUGCUGCCUCAAGGUCUGCUACCCUCUCUACGGUAACAGGUUCAGCCCAGACCACGGUCGUAUCCUGAUAGCGUGUGCGUGGGCGUAUGCCCUGGUGUUUGCCUGUUCCCCUCUAGCCCAUUGGGGUGCAUACGGUCCAGAGCCCUACGGGACGGCCUGCUGUAUCGACUGGCAGCGGUCCAACUGGGACGGUGUGGCGAGGUCCUACACGGUGGCACUGUUCCUCUGCUGCUACAUCCUGCCCUGCUGUGUCAUCACCUCCGCCUACUCACAGAUCCUGGUCACGGUCAGGGAGUCACGGAGAGCAGUGGAGCAACACGUCUCACAGCAGACACGCAUGGGGAAUGUACAGACCACCAUAGUGAAGCUCAGUGUGGCGGUGUGUAUUGGUUUCUUCGCAGCGUGGAGUCCCUACGCCCUGGUCUCCAUGUGGGCAGCGUUCGGUCACAUGGACUCCAUCCCUCCGAUGGCUUUUGCCAUCCCUGCCGUGUUGGCUAAGUCCUCAACCCUCUACAACCCUCUGGUCUGUCUGCUGCUGAAGCCCAACUUCCGCCACCUCCUGUCUAAAGACCUUCACUCCCUCCACAGGGCCUGUGUUUUUCAGUGUCGCUGUGUCCGCCGCCUGUCAGAAUAAUAGAGUGAUUUAUUUAAUAUUUUAUUUCUUUC